CUCUAGAAGUAGCGGCAAUGGUGGUUUCAUCAGUCUCUACCAUGGCGUACUUACUCUCAGUAAGCUUUUUGACGCCUUUCUGCCACCAAACCCAAUUGCAGGUAACUGCAGUCUCAUCUUAACUACGCCUUCAUUUUCAUUCAGUCAAAAUGAAGAAUGUUCAAGAACCCUAAGGGAACUGACAGCAGGAGGGUUACUGGUGGAAGGCUUAUAAUUCCUAGAACCACCAGAACAGCCAACACCCAUCUAUUGCACAAGUAUUCUCAUGGAGGCAUGAUUUUGUCGAAUAGGAGCUCUCGUAGCAGCAUCUGUGCUCCCACAAGACAAUGUUUUGAGCCUUUCUUGUCUCAUUAUGAUGUAAGUUGUAGCGACCAUCUGCUAAUUUCAGGAUUUUGGAUAGGGCCAGAUAUCGAAGAUGGAUGGGGUUUUGUAGAAGCAUUCGUACAUCUAAUAUAUUGAUUCUCAUAUUUGAUCACUCGGCUUAUCUUAAUUUGCAUGGAUUGAAGCAUGGAGUACGUUAUUGAUUGUGCAUCAGGAGCCUGGACUUCAAGAAUUGCUUCUGUUUUGCUGCUAAAUGUGUUUGUUGUAAUCAAGAACAGAUCAUUCAAA